CGUGUCGUGAGUGCAAAGGUGAAAAAGUGCCGGAAAGUCAGGUAAAAAGCUACAAAACUCUUCAGAAGAACGGAAAAGUAUGCCAGUUUGAUAUUAACGAUGGCAGUUUCAUUGUGCGGAAAACGUUUGCUUUUAACCCGGUCAAAUUUACUGGCAAAUCCAAAGCGCCACGGAUAUAUUGUACUAGUGCCGGAAAUUGGCGAGGAUCUUACCGAACGGAAUCCACUGACCCGUACGGAAAAUGGCCUACCAGAGUUCAACACUGUAACAAUAGAGAAAUGUGUCGGCGCAAUCGGCCAGCAGGCGGCCGGCGUGGAACGGUCGGUUCGUGCUCUGGAGGAAAAGAUCACCGCUGCCGAAGGCGGUCUAGAUGUGAUAAAGGACAUCCUGUUACCGCUGGAAGAGGUUGUAGCUCCGCUUGAGACUACCUGGGGCGUAGCUAAGACACUCUACCUUGGCAAUAGUUCCAAAAUGCCGACUAAAAGCUACAUGACGAUACACGAACGAGCGCGGGCAGCUCGUAGAUUUAAGUUCAACAGCCUGCCGAUCUAUGACGCUUUGCAAGAGGCCAUCGAUGCGAAGGAAGGCAGUUUUACGUCGGAAGAAAAUCGACUAAUCAAAAAAUACCUGUUGGAAUCGAAAUUAGGUGGGAUUACAUUAGACGAACCAACUAAGACAGAGUUACGAGAUGUUAUGUUGAAUUUGACCAAUGAGCGAUCAAAGUUCCACGGCAAAAAGGAAGUGGCCGUAAAGAAGUUUUCGCAUGUAAUAAAAGAUCCGGCAGUGAUGAAGGAAUUUCCGCCUUCGAUUUUACAGGCAUUAGCCGUAGAUCAAUCGCAAGUGGUGAAAGGUCCUUGGAAAGUCAGUUUACAACCAUUUGUGGUGCAGAGCUUUUUGGAAUAUUGUCCAGAUAGAACACAACGCUGGAAUCUGUGGCAGGCCGAUACUCGCAAGUGUUCCAAUCAUUCCGAUAGAGGAUUGGAAAACAGUACCCAUCUUGAGACGAUUCGCUCGCUGCGAAAGCGUCAAGCCAAGCUGCUAGGAUUCGAAAGUUAUGUGCAUAUGUCAAUGGAAACGAAGAUGGCAGGAUCGGUUGAACAGUUGCGCUCCACACUGGAUGAGUUGUUCCAUUAUGCUCGUCCUGCUUUAGAUAACGAAAUGGCAGAUCUACAAAAAUUUGCCAAUGAAAAUGGCUUCAAAGAUUCGUUGGAUAUCUUCGAUGUUCCAUAUUGGAAACGACGACAAUUUGCAGAGUUGCACCAGUUUGACAAGGAAGCCCUAAAAGAAUACUUCCCAAUGCCGAAGGUUCUUGGUGGUUUGUUUAGUCUGGCGGAAUCAUUGUUUAACAUACGGAUUGUAGAACGAACCGGUGUUGAUACGUGGGAUGAAGACGUUCGUUUUUACGAUAUUUUCGAUGCGAGCAAGGGAACUGAACCGAUUGCUGGCUUCUAUAUGGAUCUGUACAGCAGAGAGGAAGAGAAAAUAUCAGUUGCUGGAAAUUCUGGCUGGAUGGUUGGCAUCGUAAACCGCAGUACAGUAGCGAAAGAAAAACCACUAGCCGCUCUCAUAUGCAACUUUCCAGCUCCUUUGUAUGGAAAACCCUCACUUCUAACAAUCGACGACGUUCAGAUCCUGUUCCACAAAUUCGGCCAUGCCCUACAGCACAUGCUCACCGAAGUGCACUACAGUGAGGUGGCAGGUCUUUCCAAUGUGGAAUGGGACGCCGUUGAAGUUUCUGGAUUCGUAUUAACCAGUCUGCUGCAGAAUUCGGACGUAAUUCGUUCCAUCAGCAGUCAUUAUGGAACAGGUGAAACGCUUCCGGAUCUCUGUGUUGAUUCGAUUCUAAAGCGUCACAAACAUCUGGCCGGCUACGAGCUUUGUCGUGAACUCUAUUUCUCCAAUCUGGACCUAGACUUGCAUCUGCAAUCCGAUUACUGGUUAGACAUUGUGAAGAAGCUCUACCCCCAGUUUCAUCCAUUUCCACUGGACAAAAAGGACGCCCAUCCGUGCUCGAUGAGUCCUAUCUUCUCCGGGGACUGGGGGGCAGCCUAUUACAGCAGGAUCUGGUCUCGGAUGGUGGCGGCCGACGUGUACAGCGCAUUUGUUGAAGCGAAACAAACGGGACAGCAAUCCGAUGUCGGUCUACGUUUUCGAAACACUUUCCUAGCCCUCGGUGGGGGCUGUCACCCAUCCGAAGUGUUCCGACGAUUCCGUGGAAGAGAUCCUUCGCCGAAGGCACUGAUAAACGCACUCGACAUCAACAAAGCUUCGGUGUUGCAUGGAACUGAGCAAAUACCGAUAUUGGAACAAUAAACUGGAUUGUUUCUUUUGACCUAUUGAAUUUAACUGUUAAUAAAGAUUA